UUUUUAAAGAAAAAUAUGUCAUCUGAUAUUGAAGAAACCAUAAAAAGGAUUCAAUCACAAAAAGGUGUUGUUGGUGUAAUUAUUAUGGAUAAUAUUGGAAGAGCAAUUCGUUCAACUUUGGAUGAUGAAACUACAAAUCAACAUUCGUUAUCACUUCAUCAGUUAUGUGAUAAAUCAAAAAAUACAGUAAAAGAAAUGGAUGCUUCUAAUGAUCUGACUUUUUUACGUCUUCGAACGAAGAAAAAUGAAAUUUUAGUUGCCCCAGAUAAAGAAUAUAUGAUUGCUGUUAUUUACAAGGCUCCUGCUUAG